AACAAUCGUGGGUGCGCUGCGAGGUGGAAAGCGACGGGGGAGUAUGCACCGGCUAAAAAGCAGAUCCACAGCCGGUUGACGCCUAGCCGAGUGUGCUCCAUGUUCUAGUAAUCUGGGUAAAAGGUUUGAUAGAUAGAUGGAGUGAUUCCACUCGGUGAAGAGCUAGCUGCCUAUAAGAGCUCUCCUUCGGCGCUGCGUCGGCGUGAACUCAAUUCCCCAAUUAGAAACCCUAGACCCCAUAUACUCUCUGCUACUCUGUUAAGCAUCCGUGAGAGGAUCGGGAGAGAGCUCGGGUUGCUCUUGUUGAUCGGGAGGCGGAGGCCGCGGCUGGUGGUGGCGGGGAGGUCGCGGGCGCGGGUUGUCGGCGAACCGCAGCAGCGCGGCGCGGCGGCAGCAGCCUGAGUUGCAGGAGACCAUCUAGUCAUCUACGUAGAUUCUAGGAGCCAGCUGCGAGCAUGUGUCUGCUGUGGCCAAAGACACAACAAGUCCCUAUAAUGGAUCCUUCAACGGCAUCGAAAAGGCCUGUUGGAAUUCUACUUGUGAAGGUUUUAGGAGCACAAAAUCUGGAAAAGAAGGGCCUGUUCCUGUUGGGUAGCAAAUCAGAUCCAUACGUGAAACUUAAGAUGUCGGAUGACUGGCUUCCAUCCAAGAGAACGACAGUAAAGCGCAGCAAUCUCAAUCCGGAGUGGCAUGAAGAUUUCAAAUUUGUUGUGAAGGAUCUGGAAAACCAGUCGCUGGUUGUUAAUGUCUUCCACCGGGCACAGGUUGGUAAACAUGCGAAGAUGGGCAUGAACAGGGUUCUGUUGAAAGAACUUCCCCCGGAGGAGACUCAAGUUUCAACUCUUAACUUACUCAAGACCAUGGAUCCGAAUGAUGUACAAAAUGAGAAAUCUCGUGGUCAGAUUACCUUGGAGGUGACAUAUAAGCCUUUCAAGCAAGAAGAAGACACGGAGGAAGAAAGCAUGGAUGGUACUGAUGAAGUACAGAAAGCCCCAGACAACACUCCAGCUGGUGGUGGGCUGCUUUUCGUCAUCCUUCACGAAGCUCAAGAUGUUGAAGGGAAGCAUCACACAAACCCAUACGCAAAGAUAACCUUUAAAGGAGAAGAGAAGAAAACAAAGGUUGUCAAGAAGAACAGGGAUCCACGUUGGGAGCACGAGUUUGAGUUUGCUUGCGAGGAACCACCUACAAAUGAUAAGUUGCAUGUUCAGGUCCUAAGCAAAGCUGGAAAGAUAGGAGGAAUAUUACAUGACAAGGAAACCUUAGGCUACAUUGAUAUAACCCUGGCAGACGUGAUCAGCAACAGGCGGAUCAAUGAAAAGUAUCGUCUCAUCGACUCAAAAUAUGGGCAGAUUCAAAUCGAGUUGCAGUGGAGAACUUCAUAGAAGCUGCGAGCAAGGUGCCAAAAUGAUCUAGCGCAUGAGGGUUCGUGCCGUGAAGCAGCUUGCAAAAACAUGUAAUGAACUCUGCUUUGAGAUUUUAUGUUAAUUACUCAAAGGUUUCGUGAGAACAAACGUAGGCUUGUUGUCAACAACAGAAAUGGAAUUAUAACUUCUUUGUGGUGAUAGGGUGCUCACUGUUGAACAUAUGCUUAUCGUCUGAACAGAUUGAAAUUUUGAAUUGUUUUAUUUA